AUGAACGGGACGGACACGCGAGCCGAGGAGGCGGCGCUGGCGCUCGCGCUUAGCGUCACCGUCACCGUCAUCUCCGCUAUUGGAUUGCUGCUCAACGCUUACAUUCUAUUCGUCAUAGUUAUAACUAAACAGGUAUUUUUUAAACCUUAUGGUAUAUUAUUAGCUCGAAAACGCAGGAGCAAAUUUGACUUUAAUAUAAAUGGCACAAAGUAG